AGUUCAUACUUUAUUGUGCAUGCAAGUAUUGCAUGAUUAUCGUUUACAUUAUGCUUAAAAUCUAUCUUCGAAGUCAUAGAAAAGAAUAUUUUGUCAAUGCUUGCCCUCGAUGUUUUGGUUUCUUUAUUUUUGAUGUAUGCCCUCUACAAAUGAAUUGAUAAAUAUCAACUCUCUAUGGAAACAUGGUGAAAAAGGUUUCCUUUUAUGUACUGCAGGAAGCAUUAGGUUUCCGAUUCUUGUAAAUUCUGUGGAUAGUCUUGAUGCAAGGGCAGGCAUCAAAAAAUGGUGGGCACUCUGAAAAACUCCAGGCAAGUUCAUAUCCUUUGGAAUGUCAGAACGUAGCUUGCGGCCCGACCACCUCUUAAGACCAGGCUGGUCCAUCUGAAGGUGCAAUAGAUCUCAUGGAGGAACCACCAAACUAUCCCCCUGCUAUUUUUGAUGUUAUAGACACCGAUGAUGACGAUGCCAUCGAUGAUGAGGAUAUUACCAUAGAGGAGCUCGAGACACGGAUACGCGACACGAGCAUGCGGAUAGAAAGGUGGCGAAAGAAGCACGGGGCGCAUCCGGAUACAAAGACGAAGCGGAAGCCGUCAGAGCAAGCUCGGAGAAAACAGAUGUCUCGAGCCCAUGACAAGGUCCUAGACUACAUGCUGAUGCUUAUGGAUAUAGGCGGCGCCCGGGGUUUUGUGUAUGGUAUCAUCCCCGAGAAGGGAAAACCUGUGAGCGGAUCAUCCGAUGAACUGAGGGGCUGGUGGAAGGAGAAGGUGCGAUUCGAUCGAAACGGCCCUGCUGCCAUCGAAGAAUUCUUGCUCGAGCAUAACAUCCCGUCAUGCACGACGAACGCCGCCGUCUCGAGUCCGCAGCUGCUGAUGGGGUUCCAGGAUUCAACACUAGGCUCAAUGCUGUCUGCAUUGAUGCAGCAAUGCCAGCCUCCUCAGAGGAGGUUCCCGUUGGACCGGCGAGUUCCGCCACCCUGGUGGCCGACCAUGGAGGAGGACUGGUGGCCGCAGCUAGGGUUGUCCGGCGAUCAAGGGCCGGUGCCAUAUAGGAAGCCGCAUGACCUCAAAAAAGCUUGGAAGGCCGGCGUCCUUAUUGCAGUCAUCAGAAACAUCUCCCCGAAUUUUGAUCACGUUCAGAAGACGGUGCAGAAGUCCAGAUGUCUCCGGGGCAAGAUGUCUGCAAAGGAGAGAACGCUUUGGUAUUCCGUGCUUUGUCAAGAGAUGCAGUUGUACAUGGAGCACCACCCCGAUGCUCCUCAGUUGCAUUUGGGCAUGAGUCAGGCUGCCUCUUCUAACAGCAGCGAUGAUAGAUAUGAUGUUGAGAUCGAGGAUGAUAGUUCUUACGCUGGUAUCGUAGAUGGCAAACUUGCCGAUGGUGUCGAUGCCGGGAAGGAGAUCCUAAGAGGUUUGCCUCUGGAUAACAAUGAUGAGCUGCAGCGGCAGGAAUUUUAUCAGAGGAUGGCAGUCGAUGAGCUGCAGCAGAAACUGGACAGGAAAAGUUCUGUAGGGGAUAAUCCUCUUCAGCCAGCUAUGUUUGCAGAUCAGACCCUGGCUAUGGAUAAGAAUUCUCUCCGGCAGGCACCGACCGAAGGCCCCGAUCCUGUACAACCGCCGGUUGCAAGUCUAAAUGCCUUUCUGCAGACACCAAAUGUUGGCACAAGUUGUCUUCUACUGGUGCCUGGCGUGGAACAAAGUUGUCCUCAGCAACCAGCUUUGAAUCCAAAUGCCCUUCUGCAGACACCAAAUGUUGGUGCAGUUUGUCUUCUGCCAAUGCCUUAUCAGCAGUCAGUUUUGAAUCCAAGAAACCUCAUGCAGAUGCCAAAUGUUGGCGCAAACGGUCUUCUGCCAGUGCCUAGGGUGGAAUCAAAUUAUUUUCAGCAACCAGCUUUGAAUCAAAAUGCCCCUCUGCCUGCACCAAAUGCUGGUCCAAAUGGCCUUCUGCCAGUGCCUGCUAUGGGACGAAAUUGUCUUCAGCAACCAGCUCAUCCGGAUCCAUACCCUCUUCUGCAGCGAAGUACAAUCGAUCCGAAUCUUCCUUAUGGAAACUAUGCUGGACAAGGCAUUGAAAUGGCAAGAAAAGUGUUUGAAGAAACCAGAAGAGCAGUGCAGCCUCCUCAGAACUUUCCUGUUCAGACUAAUACUGCUGAACCUGCAUUCGAUAACCAGCCCGCUAGUUUUGACAGUGACUUCACAUAUGAUUUUUCUAUCGAUUAUACCGAUAUGGGAGGCUCACCGAUAGGUAAACAAGCUUGGUUCUUUUGAAAUAAUUAGUAGUGACUUGAUCAGAUGACUUGCAGAAACAUUGGAACAGGAAGCAGCAGGUCCAUUCAUCAUUCUUGGAGCCUGAUCCGUCUUCCAGGACAUCUUUAUUCGAGCACCAAUACAUAGGUUAGGCUAUCAUUUCUCUAUAUUCUGCAGACAGUGAUACCAUCUUUUUGUCCAUUUUUCAGAACAGAGCUUACUGAAAAAUUUCCUACCUAGGCCAUCUUCUGUCAAACAACAGAGUCUCUACGGUAUCAAAUUGAAGUGUUUAGAGUUGGAAACACAAAGUCGAGGCUCUAGUUAUUGCAGUUUGUUAUAUUGUAUGUAAGCCAUUCCCGCAUUCAUAUGCCUAUGCACAUGUGGGUCUUUGAAACUUCCAUAUCAUUUAAAAUUAAAGUAUGCCUUUUUUUGUCCUUUGAACUGUGUUACCUUUCCAGUGAAUUGAGUUGUAUGCCAUGCCUUUUAAUGCUAAAAGUUCAUCAUAUUUGCUGAACAUGAGGUCUUUUAGUCAUCAUUGCGCCUUAAGAUGAAAAUCUUCUGAAUGAAUGGGAUCAUACCAUUUGAGUCUCCUAUGGGUGGCAGCAGAGCUCCUUGAUAAGAAACUAUGUCAUGGUUUGAUGUUGUUCUUGGUUUUCUUUUUAAUGUGUUGCCACAUUUGCAGUUAAGCUUUGUUAACUAUCUAAUCUCCACCUGUGACCCAUCUGUCCUGACGAUAUUCUUUGAUUUCUACUGUAAUGUCCGGGCCCACAACCUACUAGGCCCAAUAAGAAAUGGGCCCAGUUAAGGGUUUGG